GGCUUGUUGACCAAUAUUCACCAUUCAACAUCCUGCAUCGUGUGUUUGUUUUACGAGCAUCUCCCUGACCAUAUUAGUCGAGCGCCUUGUCUUAAGACACUUUCAUCUCAAUAAGCCCUCCAUCAAUGAGUGGGCCCAGAUAUGAGCCUAUUACCCAGGAUGCCGAGGAAACUUUAAUUAUAAGCGGCUUAGACCCUGGGUCUGUGCCGGGGAGCAAUACUGUACUCGAGGAAGGCCACGCAGAUGAAGGGCCCAGAACCCUAAGCAUUGUCACUUCCAAGGAGGGUGUUGCAGAUUUGGAAUCAGCCGACGGGACUUUGGACAGCUCAACGGAACAGCGCCUAAAAGUAAAUAAUUCCAAGAAAGAAAAACAGCAAGUCGCAGCAUGGAAGGAUCUACCGAAAAAGAAGCAGCUGGUCGUCAUCACCAUGGCCCGACUUAGCGAGCCACUGGUGCAAACGUCGCUGCAGUCAUACAUGUUUUACCAACUGAAAUGGUUUGAUCCGAGCUUGCCAGACUCUGUAAUCUCAAGCCAGGCCGGCAUACUUUCCGCCAGUUUCACAGCAGCUCAAUUCUUUACUGCCAUGAUCUGGGGAAGAGUGGCCGAUUCGCCUUGGGCUGGUCGGAAAACAGUUAUUCUCAUCGGUCUUUUCGGGACUACGAUUUCCUGCGUAGGGUUCGGUCUCUCGAAAUCUUUCUAUCAGGCACUAUUCUUCAGGUGCCUAGGCGGCGCCACGAAUGGGAAUAUCGGUGUCUUGAGGACAAUGAUCAGCGAGAUUGUACGGGAAAAGAAAUAUCAGUCCAGGGCUUUCCUGCUUCUGCCUAUGACUUUUAACAUCGGCAUCAUAAUCGGCCCAGUUCUCGGUGGAGUUCUUUCGGACCCUGCUGGUUCUUACCCUAAUUUCUUCGGCAACGUUUCCUUCUUCAAGCAAUUUCCAUAUGCACUUCCAAACCUCGUGAGUGCCGGGUUUCUUCUGUGCGCUCUCAUGGGAGUUUGGCUGCUUCUCGAAGAAACGCACGAUGCCCUCCGCGACAAAGUCGACUAUGGGCGGGCAAUCGCAUCCAAGCUAGGAAGGCUGGUGUCCGGCCGCAGGAAGGCGGUGGGCUAUACACCUCUCCAUUCCCGCGACUCCAGUAUCGAAACGAUCGAGAUGUCGCCAAUCGAGCCGCGCGGGAAUAGACAUAGCUUGGAGUCAAGGCGCAGAUACAUCACAAAGUUAGCCUUUCGACGUAUCUUUACACGAAAUCUCUGCCUUACGUUCUUCGCCCACUUCUUCCUUGCCUUCCACCUCGGCACCUUCAACUCACUUUGGUUCGUCUUUCUCUCAACGCCCGUGUACGAUCCUUCAAACAGGAACCCGCCAGGUUUCGAGCCAUCGCUCCCCUUCCGGUUCACCGGCGGCCUAGGACUUACUUCGCGCGAUGUUGGCUUCGCCAUGGCAAUGUUAGGCGUAAUCGGAAUAACCAUGCAACUUUUCCUGUAUCCACGCCUAUCCUCUCGUUUUGGUACAGUGAGAAUGUGGCGUAUCGUCCUGUUCCUUUUCCCUAUUGCAUAUACGCUUCUGCCGCUCCUCAGCCUUGUCCCGUCCGCCACAGCGCCGCCCGACAAGAAAACGGGGCCAUGGAUCUGGAUCGCCCUUGCCGGUGUGCUGUUCAUCCAAGUCACGGCUCGCACUUUUGCUCUGCCAGCACAAACGAUUCUAGUCAAUAACUGUACUCCGCAUCCUAGCGUUUUGGGAACCGUCCACGGUUUAGGUCAGAGUGUCAGCAGUUUUGCGAGAACGGUCGGACCGGUAUUAUGCGGAUGGCUGUAUGGUCUAGGUCUGAAUAAUGGCGUCGUAGGGGCGGUGUUCUGGGGACUCGCCGGGGUUGCAAUCUGCGGCCUAGCUGCAAGCUUUUGGGUAAGGGAAGGUGAUGGCCAUGAGAUAUGGUUAGAAGGUGACGAGGAAGAGGAGGAGGAUAGAUAAUGACAUAGCGUAUAAUCACAAGCGCAAAUAUUCAUCCAGUCAUGAAUAGAGUUAUAGCCUCGUAUAACAUGUUAAUGUACUGUGCCAAGGGUACCAUAUGCCGCU